UGAAGUCAUAUUCAUAAUCUAGUCCUCUCUUCCUCUGUUUCUGUACUCUGGGUGACUCAGAGAGGGAAGAGAUUCAGCCAGCACACUCCUCGCGAGCAAGCUCAGUAUCAUUGCAGUGACUGGCGGAGACAGGAGAGGUAGAUGUCCACACCCACAGACCCUGGUGCGAUGCCCCACCCGGGGCCUUCGCCGGGGCCCGGACCCUCUCCUGGACCAAUUCUUGGACCUAGUCCGGGACCUGGACCAUCCCCAGGUUCCGUCCACAGUAUGAUGGGGCCAAGUCCUGGACCUCCAAGUGUCUCGCACCCUAUGCCUACAAUGGGGUCUACUGACUUCCCACAGGAAAGCAUGCAUCAAAUGCAUAAGCCCAUGGAUGGUAUGCACGACAAGGGGAUUGUAGAAGAUAUCCACUGCGGGUCCAUGAAGGGCACCGGCAUGCGGCCACCUCACCCAGGAAUGGGCCCUCCCCAGAGUCCGAUGGAUCAGCACAGCCAAGGUUAUAUGUCGCCACACCCAUCUCCCUUGGGAGCUGCAGAGCACAUCUCCAGCCCCAUGUCGUCAGGAGGUGGCCCGACUCCACCCCAGAUGCCACCGAACCAGCCAGGGCCCCUCAUCCCUGGCGACCCGCAGGCAAUGAACCAGCCCAACAGAGGCCCCUCACCUUUUAGUCCUGUCCAGCUGCACCAGCUUCGAGCUCAGAUUUUAGCCUACAAAAUGCUGGCCCGGGGCCAGCACCUCCCUGAAACACUGCAGCUCGCAGUGCAGGGAAAAAGGACGUUGCCUGGCAUGCAGCAGCAGCAGCAGCCACCGCCACAGCAGCCGCCACCCCAGCCGCAGCAGCCGCAGCAGCCAGCCCUUGUUAACUUCAACAGACCAUCUGGCCCCGGGCCGGAGCUGAGCGGCCCGAGCACCCCGCAGAAGCUGCCCGUGCCCGCGCCCAGCGGCAGGCCCUCUCCCGCGCCCCCCCCCUCGCCCAUCCUGCAGCUGCAGCAGAAGCAGAGCCGGAUCAGCCCCAUUCAGAAGCCGCAAGGCCUGGACCCCGUGGAGAUUCUGCAGGAGCGGGAAUAUAGACUUCAAGCUCGCAUAGCUCACAGGAUACAAGAACUGGAAAAUCUGCCUGGCUCUUUGCCACCAGAUUUACGAACCAAAGCAACCGUGGAACUGAAAGCACUUCGGUUACUCAAUUUCCAACGUCAGCUGAGACAGGAGGUGGUGGCCUGCAUGCGACGGGACACGACCCUGGAGACGGCUCUCAACUCCAAAGCGUACAAGCGGAGCAAGCGCCAGACCCUGAGGGAAGCCCGCAUGACAGAGAAACUGGAGAAGCAGCAGAAGAUUGAGCAGGAGAGGAAGCGCCGGCAGAAGCACCAGGAAUACCUGAACAGCAUUUUGCAACAUGCAAAAGAUUUUAAAGAGUACCAUCGUUCUGUGGCUGGGAAGAUCCAGAAGCUUUCCAAAGCGGUGGCGACUUGGCACGCCAACACCGAAAGGGAGCAGAAGAAGGAGACAGAGCGGAUCGAAAAGGAGAGAAUGCGCAGACUGAUGGCUGAAGAUGAAGAGGGCUACAGAAAACUGAUUGACCAAAAGAAAGACAGGCGUUUAGCUUACCUUUUGCAGCAGACCGAUGAGUAUGUGGCCAACCUGACCAACCUGGUUUGGGAGCACAAGCAAGCCCAGGCGGCCAAGGAGAAGAAGAAGAGGCGGCGGAGGAGGAAGAAGGCGGAAGAGAAUGCAGAGGGAGGAGAGUCUGCCCUGGGACCAGACGGAGAGCCCAUAGAUGAGAGCAGUCAGAUGAGUGACCUUCCUGUCAAAGUAACUCACACAGAAACCGGCAAGGUCCUAUUUGGACCAGAAGCACCCAAAGCAAGUCAGUUGGAUGCCUGGUUGGAAAUGAAUCCUGGUUACGAAGUUGCCCCCAGGUCCGACAGUGAAGAGAGCGAUUCUGAUUAUGAGGAAGAGGAUGAGGAAGAGGAGUCCAGUCGGCAGGAAACUGAAGAGAAGAUACUGCUGGACCCCAACAGCGAGGACGUUUCCGAGAAGGACGCCAAGCAGAUCAUUGAGACAGCUAAGCAAGACGUGGACGAUGAAUACAGCAUGCAGUGCAGUGCCAGAGGCUCCCAGUCCUACUACACAGUGGCUCAUGCCAUCUCCGAGAGGGUGGAGAAGCAGUCUGCCCUCCUCAUCAACGGGACCCUGAAGCACUAUCAGCUCCAGGGCCUGGAAUGGAUGGUUUCCCUGUAUAAUAACAAUUUGAACGGGAUCUUAGCUGACGAAAUGGGGCUGGGAAAGACCAUACAGACCAUUGCGCUCAUCACUUACCUGAUGGAGCACAAAAGACUCAACGGCCCCUAUCUCAUCAUUGUCCCCCUUUCGACUCUAUCUAACUGGACAUAUGAAUUUGACAAAUGGGCUCCUUCUGUGGUGAAAAUUUCUUACAAGGGCACCCCUGCCAUGCGUCGCUCCCUUGUCCCCCAGCUACGGAGUGGCAAAUUCAAUGUCCUCUUGACUACUUAUGAAUACAUUAUAAAAGACAAGCACAUUCUUGCAAAGAUUCGGUGGAAGUACAUGAUUGUGGAUGAAGGCCACCGGAUGAAGAAUCACCACUGCAAGCUGACUCAGGUCUUGAACACUCACUAUGUGGCCCCCAGAAGGAUCCUGUUGACUGGGACCCCACUGCAGAAUAAGCUCCCAGAGCUCUGGGCUCUCCUCAACUUCCUCCUCCCGACAAUUUUUAAGAGCUGCAGCACAUUUGAACAGUGGUUUAAUGCCCCGUUUGCCAUGACUGGAGAAAGGGUGGACUUGAAUGAAGAAGAAACUAUAUUGAUCAUCCGGCGUCUACAUAAGGUGUUGAGACCAUUUUUACUGAGGAGACUUAAGAAAGAAGUGGAAUCCCAGCUUCCAGAAAAAGUUGAAUAUGUGAUCAAGUGUGACAUGUCAGCUCUGCAGAAGAUUCUGUAUCGCCACAUGCAAGCCAAAGGGAUCCUCCUCACAGAUGGUUCCGAGAAAGAUAAGAAGGGGAAAGGAGGUGCUAAGACACUUAUGAACACUAUCAUGCAGCUGAGAAAAAUCUGCAAUCACCCAUAUAUGUUUCAGCACAUUGAGGAAUCCUUUGCUGAACACCUGGGCUAUUCAAAUGGGGUCAUCAAUGGGGCUGAGCUGUAUCGGGCCUCAGGAAAGUUUGAGCUACUUGAUCGUAUUCUGCCAAAAUUGAGAGCGACUAACCACCGCGUGCUGCUUUUCUGCCAGAUGACGUCUCUCAUGACCAUCAUGGAGGAUUACUUUGCUUUUCGGAACUUCCUUUACCUGCGCCUCGACGGCACCACCAAGUCUGAAGAUCGUGCUGCUUUGCUGAAGAAAUUCAACGAACCUGGGUCCCAGUAUUUCAUUUUCUUGCUAAGCACAAGAGCUGGAGGCCUGGGCUUAAAUCUUCAGGCCGCCGAUACCGUGGUCAUCUUUGACAGUGACUGGAACCCUCAUCAGGACCUGCAAGCCCAGGACCGCGCUCACCGCAUCGGCCAGCAGAACGAGGUCCGGGUGCUGCGGCUCUGCACCGUGAACAGCGUGGAGGAGAAGAUCCUGGCCGCCGCCAAGUACAAGCUGAAUGUGGAUCAGAAGGUGAUCCAGGCGGGCAUGUUCGACCAGAAGUCUUCGAGCCACGAGCGGAGGGCAUUCCUGCAGGCCAUCCUGGAGCACGAAGAAGAAAAUGAGGAAGAAGAUGAAGUACCAGACGACGAGACUCUGAACCAAAUGAUCGCUCGACGAGAAGAAGAAUUUGAUCUUUUUAUGCGCAUGGACAUGGACCGGCGGCGGGAGGACGCCCGCAACCCGAAGCGCAAGCCUCGCCUGAUGGAGGAAGACGAGCUGCCCUCCUGGAUUAUCAAAGAUGACGCCGAGGUGGAAAGGCUUACGUGUGAGGAAGAGGAGGAGAAGAUAUUUGGCCGGGGGUCUCGCCAGCGCCGGGACGUGGACUACAGCGACGCCCUCACGGAGAAGCAGUGGCUGCGGGCCAUUGAGGACGGCAAUUUGGAAGAAAUGGAAGAGGAAGUACGGCUGAAGAAGCGGAAAAGACGAAGAAAUGUGGAUAAAGAUCCUGCGAAAGAUGAUGUGGAAAAAGCUAAGAAGAGAAGAGGCCGCCCUCCCGCUGAGAAACUGUCCCCAAACCCCCCCAAACUGACAAAGCAGAUGAACGCGAUCAUCGAUACUGUGAUAAACUACAAAGACAGGUGUAACGUGGAGAAGGUGCCCAGUAAUUCUCAGUUGGAAAUAGAAGGAAACAGUUCAGGGCGACAGCUCAGUGAAGUCUUCAUUCAGUUACCGUCAAGGAAAGAAUUACCAGAAUACUAUGAAUUAAUUAGGAAGCCGGUGGAUUUCAAAAAAAUAAAGGAAAGAAUUCGUAAUCAUAAGUACCGGAGCCUGGGUGACCUGGAGAAAGAUGUCAUGCUCCUCUGUCAUAACGCUCAGACGUUCAACUUGGAGGGAUCCCAGAUCUACGAAGACUCCAUCGUCUUACAGUCAGUGUUUAAGAGCGCGCGGCAGAAAAUCGCCAAAGAGGAGGAGAGCGAGGAGGAAAGCAACGAAGAGGAAGAGGAGGAAGAUGAAGAGGAGUCAGAGUCGGAGGCAAAAUCUGUUAAGGUGAAAAUCAAGCUCAAUAAAAAAGACGAGAAAGGUCGGGACAAAGGAAAAGGCAAGAAAAGGCCAAAUCGAGGAAAAGCCAAACCUGUGGUGAGCGACUUCGACAGCGACGAAGAGCAGGAUGAAAAUGAACAGUCAGAAGCAAGCGGGACUGAUGACGAGUGAUUGAUGCGGACCUGUUUCCUUGGUAGAACUGAACUCCUUUCCCUUCCUCCCCUCUCUCAUUCUACCCAGUGAGUUCAUUUGUCAUAUGGGCACUGGGCUGUUUCUAUAUCAUCAUCAUCUAUAAACUAGCUUUAGGAUAGUGCCAGACAAACAUAUGAUAUCAUGGUGUAAAAAAACACACACACGUACGCAAAUAUUUGUAACAUAUUGUGACCAAAUGGGCCUCAAAGAUUCAAAGAUUAAAACAAACAAAGCUUUUGAUGGAAAAUAUGUGGGUGGAUAGUAUAUUUCUAUGGGUGGGUCUAAUUUGGUAAUGGUUUGAUUGUGCCUGGUUUUAUCACCUGUUCUGAUGAGAAGAUUUUUGUCUUUUUGUAGCACUGAUAACCAGGAGAAGCCAUUAAAGUCACUGGUUAUUUUAUUUUUCAUCAGGCAAUUUGCAAGAUUUUUAUUUGUUCGGUAUUGUUUUUUUUACACUGUGGUACAUAUAAGCAACUUUAAUAGGUGAUUAAUGUACAGUAGUUAGACUUCACCUGCAUAGACAUUUUCCCAUUUUAUGCUCUAUGAUCUGAAAAAAAAAUGCUUUUUGAAUUGUAUAAGAUUUAUGUCUACUGUAAACAUUGCUUAAUUUUCUUUUGCUCUUGAUUAUAAAAGGUUUUGUUGAAAAUGCUAUUGAAUAUUGCAAUCUAUAUAGUGCAUUGGAUGGCUUUUUUUUUGUCAACCUGAUCUCCUAUGUUACGAAUGUGUAUCGUCUCCUUCUCCCUAAAGUGUACUUAAUCUUUGCUUUCUUUGCACAAUGUCUUUGGUUGCAAGUCAUAAGCCUGAGGCAAAUAAAAUUCCAGUAAUUUCCAAGAAUGUGGUGGUGGUGCUUUCAUAAUAAAGAGAUAAUUUACCUCAA